AUCACGUUGUUGUGUUCGGCGCGUACGACAAGCUUUGAAAAAUUAACAAAACGCGUGUCUUGUCGUAGAGACAUAAUAUCGCGAAAGACGGGUCUGUAACUCUGCGAUCUUGCGAUUGAUGUGCCGGUGAAGCUACUGAGGGCUUUCUGUGUCUAAAAAAGUUCGCAGUUCCGUAUACAGGGUGUAUAGUGUCAGUGUAAAAGUCAACCUGGCGGCCUACCUUGAAGGAGGCCCCGCUUGUGCUUCUGUGGGGGCCCUUACGCUCAGGGCCGGGUUGGCCCAUGUACCCUCCGGGGCCAAUACCAAUUAUUUGCAACAUUCAACGCACGACAUAGGUCGUUGCGAACCAGCGGCCGGGAUGUUGAUAGCCUGUGCCGGUUGCGACAAACCUAUCCUGGACAAAUUCCUCCUCAACGUCUUGGAGCGGCCGUGGCAUGCUAGCUGCGUCCGCUGUUUCGACUGUCACGCACCACUCACAGACAAAUGUUUUUCUAGGGAGUCCAAGCUGUUUUGCCGGAGUGAUUUUUUUAGGCGGUACGGAACCAAGUGCGGAGGUUGCGGGCAAGGUAUUUCGCCAAGUGACCUGGUGCGAAAAGGUAGAGACAAAGUGUUUCACAUAAACUGUUUCACGUGUCUGGUGUGUCGGAAACAGCCCUCUACGGGCGAAGAACUCUACGUUAUCGACGACAGCAAGUUUUUGUGUAAGGACGAUUAUUUAAACGGUAACAAGACGGCAGUGAUACCAUCCGGACCUCCACACCACCAAGAUUCACUCAUGGGAUCGGCGUCGGAAGACGAAGAUGAUGAUGACAACAGCACAGCUUCCUCGAUAUUGAAACAUCACACAUCCCUCCACGGGUCGCUACCACCAGCACCUGGAGAGACGAAUAAUAACUCUCUACCACACUCUGACAUAAGCGGAUCCAUUGGUCAGGACUCAAAGACUGGCCAAGACGACUCCGAAGACCAAAAUUCUCUGGACGGCGACCCCGAGACUCGGGAUUCCCAGACGGAGAACAAGAGUCCAGACGACAGUAGUGCAGGGUCCAAACGAAGAGGACCAAGAACGACGAUAAAGGCGAAACAGCUGGAGAUUUUGAAAACUGCCUUUUCACAGACGCCCAAACCGACGAGGCAUAUACGAGAGCAACUGGCUAAGGAGACAGGUCUUCCUAUGAGGGUCAUACAGGUGUGGUUUCAAAACAAGAGGUCGAAGGAACGACGUCUCAAACAGCUCACAUCAAUGGGAAGAGGACCCUUUUUCGGAGGAUCCCGCAAAAUGCGAGGAUUCCCCAUGAACCUUUCACCUGGAGGUCUCGAAGACGGUCCACCAUUCCCCUACUUCGAUGGAAAAUUCGAAUUUGGGUACGGUGGACCUCCGUUCCAUCCGCACGAUGCUCCCUUCUUCCCAGGACAUCAUCCUGGCAAUGGAGGUCCUGGACAAGGCAUGCCUUUCGGGCAAGGAGGAGGUCCAAUGGACCAUGGUCCGAUGCCCAUGGGUGGCGAUUUCGGCGGCAUACCUGGGGAACAAGGCCAAUUCAUGCAACAGGGGCCUCCAGACCAGAUGAUGCAAGGUAACGGAGGUAGAGGAGGCAGUCCCGAGUUCAUGACCUCCGGAGGAUUUGCAGAUAACCAACAGCAGCUCAACGAGGGUCUUGUUUGGUAGCUGGCAAAGGCUCUAGCCAAGAGAGCUAGAGAAUGAAAACCACAAAAUUGUACAUAACAUAGAUGACUAUUUGUAAAAAGUACUUCAUUAUCUUGGUGAUAGAAAGAAGAACGAGCAUUAUCUUCGAAAGUCCAGUGCGCGAACAUCUCAGAUGUGCUCCAGGCGAUAUUUUAGGUCGCCUAAUUCACCCCGAAACUUUACAGGGUAAUUUUAGACAGAUGAAAUAUGCAGAGGUCAAUAUUUGAACCUCUCAAAUUCAAGAGAUUUUUUGGCUGCUUACUUAUUGUAACUACCUUGUCCACAAGCGAUUAUCGUGUUGUAUUUAUUUGUUAAGUUUUCAAAAUUGUUUUUUUUUCUCAUCGUAGAUUGAGUUUCCCAAAUAUCACGAUUAUAUGUGCAAUGUUACUUAAGUUUCACGUUUUUUGUCUGCCCCAACAAAAUUCGAAUCAGGAAGGCCAAAAAAAGUGUUUUUUGUUCUCAAAUAUCUUUCAACCUUUUAUCGGCCAUCUUGUAUCAAACCUUGAUGUAAAUAUUCCCUUCAAUACAUUGAAAUGUUAGGUGCAUUUUUAUAAAACGAUGAUUGUAUGUAAAUAAGGAUGAAAAUGGAGUUGUUGUUUUAUAGAAUGUGGAAUCAAAAUGUUUUAACUGUAAAUUAUUAACUGGUCCUUCAAAUUGCAAGCCACCUAUUGUACAUUCAUUUCAAGAAAAAGUGCCAAUAAGUACAGUGUUUUUAUAUUUAUUGUUUGUGAAGACCUUGAAAAAAGUCUUCUUAGGUGCGAAAGGACAAGCUUCUGAUUAUCCAAAUCGAGAAUUGUUUCGUUUUAGGAAUAACAGGAAUAGGAUGAGAAGAAAUAAUCUGUACAAAUUUUGCCUGUAAAAAAACUGCAACCCCUUAUAUUAUAAAUGUAUAUUGUUAAUUAUAGGUGUACUUAAUAUCAAUAAAUGCAAUUCUAUACGAA